ACUCUAAUUCUCAUGAUUUGUUACCAUCGUGUCUUGCAGUCGACAAACAUGAAACACCUUUCUCCAGUUUAAGUUUGAUGUUUGAUGUGUGAAAUUUAGACACAAUGUCUAAUACAGGAGCUGUUAGAAGAAAACAGAAGCUUGAUUCAAAGAUUACUGAGCAGAAGGUUCUUCAAGAUGAGAUGAAGUCAAUCAGGAAAGGAGCACGUGUCUACAGACAGCAGCAGAACAGCAACAUCUUGUUUCUGUCCACAGUCGACAGAGAAAUGGCUCAGUCAAAAAGUAAAGACCAUGGAGGAGUCUGGUGGAAAGAGUACAAGGAGAUUGAGAAACAAAGUGGUGAUGACCAAGUUGGCCAAGUUGGAGGAAGGUGACCAAGUUGGAGGAAGGUGACCAAGUUGCAGGAAGAUGACCAAGUUGCAGGAAGAUGAGCAGGGUGGAGGAAGAUGAGCAGGGUGGAGGAGUGAGUGAAUUAGUUUGGUUUUACGCUGCUUUUGCAAUAUUCCAGCAAUAUGACAGUGAGGGACACCAGAAAUGUGGUGAAUCGAACCUGGGUCUUCAGCGUGACAAGCUAGGCUACCCCACCGGCCCACAAGGUGGAGGAAGAUGACUGUGAUUCACUGGAGUAUGAGAGACUGGAGGAACUGGUGAUGUCUUCAACACUCGUUCUCGGGGCUCACAACUCAAGUACAUCUUCCUCCUGUGAAAGAACUUGCACUGUUUGAAGUGAUGUGUGUUUGAGUCUUUCACAAAAUGAUUCCCAAUCUUCAACAUGUUUAAUGCACUCUUUGCAACAAUAUGAGAUCUGUAUGUAUGUGUUGUAAUGGAUGUACCAGUAUGUGGAAAGAAUGUCAUGUUGCCAUGGUUACAUGUGGUCAGUGCUGCUCAAUCAUUCUUUCUGUAAAACCUCUACAAAUAUCAGAUAUGUGACUGACUGACUGACUGAGUAUGGUUUUACGCCGUUUUUAGCAAUAUUCCAGCAAUAUCACGGCGGGGGACACCAGAUAUGGGCUUAACAAAUUGUACCCAUGUGGGGAUUCGAACCCGGGCCUUUGGCGUGAGGAGCGAACGCUUUAACCACUAGGCUACCCCACCGCCCCUCAGAUAUAUGAAAAGAUAAUAUAUAUGUUGUCAUUGCUGGAAGGAGGGUGGCGUUUAGUAACAAACAUAGAAAAGCCGAUCCUUGAUCUUGUGUCUGUCGUCACAUAAAAGUGUGAGUGAGUGAGUUUUAUGCCACUUUUAGCAAUAUUCCAGCAAUAUCACCGCAGGGAACACCAGAAAUGGCCUUCACACAUUGUACCCAUGUGGGGAAUUGAACCCGGGUCUUCAGCGUGAUGAGCGAACACUUUAACCACUAGGCUAGCCCACCGCCCCAUGACCUGAGAGAAGGAUAAGGGUAGAGAACUGGAUUUUACAUUUGAUAUUAAAAACUUGUUGGCAUAAAAAUGUUUGUCAUAGUUCAACACAACAGCAUGGGUAACUGUGAUGAGAGGAAGUUUGUGCGCCCCACUGGAGACAAACACAUUUAUCAUCCUGCCUUGUGUCAGGUUGAUCUGUUUGAAUUGCAAAAA